UCAUUCAAUAGGAUCCCCAACCAACCAAGGCCUUUUGUGCACUGUUCCCUUCUCUCGAUGCGUUGCACCACACAUGCAGCAGAGUGUAAUCAUAUACAAUCAUUAAAGACCCAGCCAAGUAGUGGACCUGUCUACUUAUGAGCAUUUUACCAAAUUACUCUGGAGCCAGAAUAUCUGGUUGCUGGACCCUGAGAUCUGAUGGCCGUGGAGCUGGUGAGGGCUCACUGGACCGCCUCCUUCCCUCAGUAAGCGCAGGCCUUUCACCCCGAAAAAGGACCACCAGUCAGUGCAAGUCUGAGCCACCUCUCCUCCGCACCUCCAAGCGCACCAUCUACACGGCUGGGCGCCCCCCCUGGUACAAUGAGCAUGGCACCCAGUCCAAAGAAGCCUUUGUCAUCGGUCUGUGUGGCGGCAGUGCUUCAGGGAAGACAACUGUUGCUAGAAAAAUCAUUGAAGCUCUAGAUGUUCCAUGGGUAGUCCUGCUUUCCAUGGACUCCUUUUACAAGGUCCUCACUACAGAGCAGCAGAGUCGGGCUGCCAGUAACGACUACAAUUUUGACCACCCUGAUGCUUUCGACUUUGAUUUACUGACGCACACCUUGCGCAAACUCAAGCAGGGAAAGAGCGUUAAAAUUCCUGUGUAUGACUUUACAACUCAUGGAAGACAGAAGGAGUGGAAAACAGUAUAUGGAGCUAGUGUUAUCAUCUUUGAGGGGAUCAUGGCCUUUGCAGAUAAAGAUCUCUUGCAGUUGCUGGACAUGAAGAUCUUCGUAGACACGGACUCAGACAUCCGGCUAGUGCGGCGGCUGAGGAGGGACAUAUGCGAGAGAGGCCGUGACAUCGAGGGCGUCAUCAAACAGUACAACAAGUUUGUCAAGCCGGCCUUUGAACAGUACAUCGAGCCCACCAUGCGCCUGGCUGAUAUUGUAGUGCCUCGUGGUGGCGGCAACAUGGUGGCCAUUGAUUUGAUAGUGCAGCACGUCCACAGUCAGCUGGAGGAGAGGAAACUUCGCUGGGAUAUGGCAGCCCUGGCCUCCGCUCACCAAGCCCAGCCCCUCCCCCAGACGCUCAGUGUUCUGGAGAGUACACCCCAGGUCAGGGGCAUGCACACCAUCAUCAGAAACAGAGAAACCAGCCGUGAUGAGUUCAUCUUUUACUCCAAGAGGUUGAUGCGUCUGUUGAUCGAGCGAGCGCUCUCCUUCCUCCCAUCACAGCUCCACGUAGUCCAGACCCCCCAGGGAGAAGAUUAUGAAGGCAGGACUUUCCACGGAAAGGGGAUCACUGGCGUGUCCAUCUUACGGGCAGGAGAGACCAUGGAGCCUGCACUAAGGGCCGUGUGCAAAGACGUCCGCAUUGGAAAAAUCCUCAUCCAGACCAACCAGGACACAGGAGAGCCAGAGGUCCAGCUUCACUACCUGCGCCUCCCCAAAGACAUAAGUGAAGAUCAUGUGAUCCUGAUGGACUGCACCGUGUCCACCGGCGCGGCUGCCAUGAUGGCCGUGCGAGUCCUGCUGGACCACGACGUACAAGAAGACAAGAUCCUCUUGGUCUCCCUGCUCAUGGCUGAAAUGGGCGUCCAUUCUGUGGCCUACGCCUUCCCACAGGUCAAGAUCAUCACCACGGCUGUAGACAAGAAGGUCAACGAACUAUUCCACAUCACACCUGGCAUUGGAAACUUUGGUGAUCGAUACUUUGGAACUGAUGCCCCUCCUGACUGGAGUGACGACGACAUGGACGAGCCCAGUUACUGAUUCUUGCUGGAUCCUGUGCCAGGUGGUCCAACAGCAACACACUUAAGACGAUGUACACUUGCUUUUGGUGCAUUGUUUGUUUAAAUUAUUUUAUUGUUAAUGGAGAUGGAUCGUGAUUUCAAGGUGAACAUAUUUUUGUACUGUGUGUUAGUAACUUUUACUUUGCUGUUUGGCCUUAAAAAGUGUAAUACUGUGGAAGACACAACUGAAUGUGCAACUCUUGUACACACCGUGGAAAAAACACGUUAUCUCAAAUCAGCACACAAACGUAACUUUCAUGUGCACUUCCUCAAAAACAAUUCAGUUGGAAAAUACAUUUUUUUAUGUUUUUGUUUUUAAAGGUUUCUAGAUCAGAGAUGUGGCUGACUAUUUUAAACUUUAAAUUAUUGUGCUCCAAUCAAUCUAAUCUAGUGGUUCUCAAACUGCAAGUACCGCCAUAAUGACCAACAUUAAAAUACAGUAGCGUAGUAGGCCUAAAUAUUUAUUAAAAUUCAUAUAUAUUUUUAUAUUUUUGUCCACUGUAACAUUAUACACCGUUUUAACACUAAGACAGUGUUUAAAUAUAGGAAAAUAAAAUACUCUACUUUAAUUAUUGGCAUACCACUAGUGGUACACGUACUACUGUUUGAGAAUCACUGAAUUCACUGAAUAUGUUGUUUUCAAAUACUUUUAUAAAAUGCACUACUUUACCUUCUAUUUGUACAAGAAAGUAAAGUUCUCCCAAAAAACUUUUACUUGGUUGUGAAAGUCCUCCUUAGGUACUUUUACUUUUAAGGUCUCAGCCGCUUUUCCACUGUAGAAAGAUGUCAGCCCACAUGCGCCCCCUCACACUCAACCAGGGUACUGUGCACCUCACUUUAUGACAUUUUUUCAAAUUUAUAGUCGGGUUAGUGAGAGUAAUCAUUUCUUACUUCAAAGACGUCACACUGGCAGUGAAACGUUGUGUUUUUGCAAAUAUUAUAUUGCUGGCAAACUAAAAAGUUUGAGUUUAUGAGUCCCAAUUUAUUAAGGAUUGCACAAUCAGAAGGUAGCCUCAUCUCAAAUUUCUGAUCUGUAUUUGACCAAAACAAUUUGCAAAUUCAGCUAUUAUUACUUAACAAAACUUUGCCGGAUGGAAAUAUAUUUGUAACAGUUCAAUGGACUAAUGUUAAAGGGGAGCUAUGAUUAUUUUAAUACACAUUUCGUUGUUGGUCUAGAUCAGUGGUUCUCAAAUGGGGGUACGUGUACCCCUGGGGGUACUUGAAGGUAUGCUAAGGGGUACGUGAUAUUUUUUUUUAAAUAUUUUAAAAACAGCAACAAUUCAAAAAUCCUUUAUAAAUAUAUUUAUUGAAUAAUACUUCAACAAAAUAUGAAUGUAAGUUCAUAAACUGAACAUCAAAUCAAGUAGGCUAUUCCAUUCAUUACAAUGCAACAAUGCAAUAUUCAGUGUUGACAGCUAGAUUUUUUGUGGACAUGUUCCAUAAAUAUUGAUGUUAAAGAUUUAUUUAUUUGUGAAGAAAUGUUUAGAAUUAAGUUCCUGAAUCCAGAUGGAUCUCUAUUACAAUCCCCAAAGAGGGCACUUUAAGUUGAUGAUUACUUCUAUGUGUAGAAAUCUUUAUUUAUAAUUGAAUCACUUGUUUAUUUUUCAACAAGUUUUUAGUUAUUUUUAUAUCUUUUUAUCCCAAAUAGUUCAAGAAAGACCACUACAAAUUAGCAAUAUUUUGCACUGUUACACAAUUUAAUAAAUCAGAAACUGAUGACAUAGUGCUGUAUUUUACUUAUUUAUCUCUUUUUUUCAACCAAAAAUGCUUUGCUCUGAUUAAGGGGUACUUGAUUUAAAAAAAAAUGUUCAAAGGGGGUACAUCACUGAAAAAAGGUUGAGAACCACUGGUCUAGAUCAUGUUUUGGAUCCAUUACGCUCCUUAAUCACUUUUUUAACCUACUUUCUGAAUAUGUCUGCAAGACGUUCGUUUUAUGAGGCGUUCCCAGAUUGCAACUUUAUGAAUAUUAUAUAAAUUAACUUGAUCACAAUUUUAUAAACAUUAUAUAGAUUAACUUGAUUACAACAUUAUAAACAUUAUAUACAGUAGAUUCACCCGGUCACAAUUUAUGAACAUUAUAUAGAUUAACUUGGUCACAACAUUAUAAACAUUAUGUAGAUUCACUUGAUCACAACUUCAUAAACAACAUAUAGAUUUACUUCAUAACAAUAUUAUAGACAUUACCGUAUUUUUCGGAGUAUAAGUCGCACCGGAGUAUAAGUCGCACCUGCCAAAAAUGCAUAAUAAAAAAGGAAAAAAACAUAUAUAAGUCGCACUGGAGCCCAGGCCAAACUAUGAAAAAAACUGCGACUUAUAGUCCGAAAAAUACGGUAUAUAGAUUCACCCGGUUACAAUUUAUAAAUAUUAUAUACUGUAGAUUCACUUGAUCACAACAUUAUAAACAUAUAGAUUCACUUGAUCACAACAUUUUAUAGAUUCACCCGGUCACAAUUUAUAAACAUUAAAUAGAUUCACCCGGUCACAAGUUAUAAACAUUAUACAGAUUCACCCUGUCACAAUUUAUAAACAUUAUAUACUGUAGAUUCACUUGAUCACAACAUUAUAAACAUAUAGAUUCACUUGAUCACAACAUUAUAUAGAUUCACCCAGUCACAAUUUAUAAACAUUAUAUAGAUUCACCCGGUCACAA